GUCGUAAAGCGCGGUUACAAUAUUUCCGGGAGGCAGUGAAAGCAGCACCAGCAGUGCAGCACUGGUGUGUUUUAUUUUCGGACCUGCUCUGGGAUGUUUGUUUCUGAGAGGCAUGUAUCAUGUAAAAAGAAGAAACUAACGGACUUAGCUGGUUAUUUUACGAAAAAGCAAGCAGAGAGAAGAAAUUUAACUGGGAGUUUUGGAAGGAAAGAAGUUGGCGAAUUCGAGGCCUGCGUGCAAUGCCAGAGGAUUCCCAUUCUGCUUUCCACCAGGGCCCAAUGGGGGAAGAAUCUACUCAGUUGUCCUCACCCCUCUCCACCUGCAACCAUGUCAAGGAUAUCGUAGAUUUGGGCCCAGACUAUUGCAGCCAGGUAUGUGUGGAGCCACUGGACGGAGAGGGCGUACGUCCCGUGAGCCUGGUGUCCACCUUGUCCUCUGGUUCAUCCGCUGAUAGUCAAAGCCUUUUUGGAAGUACGGCAGCCCUUCCUUUCUCCGCCACAACUCCCGCACCAAACGAGGAAGACAUAGACCUGGAACUGAGCCCAGCAGAAGGCACCAACAGGCAAGCUGGAAAUCAGAGUCCUCACCUCAGAGGUUCUGGUGCUGGCUGGCGGAGGCAUCUGGAGGCCUUUGUGAUCAACAACCAGCGGAACAAAAAAGCCCCUACCGGCAGAUUGGUGAGGUGUAAAUUACCUCACAUGACCACCUCGCCUGUUGUCACUGACACGAUGGCGCCUAACCCAAAGCUAACCUAUGUGGACCGUGUUGUCAUGGAGAUCAUUGAGACAGAGCGCAUGUAUGUCAAAGACCUGAGCAGCAUCGUGGAGGACUAUUUGGCACACAUUAUCGAUAUGGGAAAUCUCCCAAUUGGGCAUGAGCAAGUGAUGGCCUUAUUUGGAAAUAUAGAAGACAUCUAUGAAUUCAACAGUGAACUGCUUCAAUGUUUGGACAUGUGUGAGAACGACCCUGUGGCUAUUGCUCACUGCUUUGUUAAUAAGAGUGAAUAUUUUGAAAUCUACACUAAAUACUGCAACAAUUAUCCUAACUCUGUAGCAACACUGACUGACUCCAUGAGGAAUAAAACUUUGGCAAAGUUCUUCAGGGAUCGGCAGGCUGCUCUGAAACGCUCUCUCCCUUUGGGUUCUUACCUUCUGAAGCCAGUUCAGAGAAUCCUCAAGUAUCACCUACUCCUGCAGGAAAUUGCCAAGCACUAUGACAAAGACGAAGACGGCUAUGAGGUUAUUCAGGAGGCGAUAGACACCAUGACAGGUGUGGCCUGUUACAUCAACGACAUGAAGAGGAAACAUGAGCACGCUGUCAGAGUCCAGGAGAUCCAGUCUCUUCUGAUCAACUGGAAGGGUGCUGACCUGACCACCUACGGAGAGCUGGUGCUGGAGGGCACCUUUCCUGUGCUCAGAGCGAAGAACACGCGCACACUCUUCCUAUUCGAAAAGAUGCUCCUCAUUACCAAGAAAAGAGGGGAACACUACGUCUACAAGAUCCAUAUCUCGUGUUCCACCCUGAUGCUGCUCGACAGUGCCAAGGAUCCCCUUCUCUUCAGCGUUAUCCAUUUCAAGCGUCCCAAGCAACCCCAUACGGUGCAGACAAAGUCUGUCGAAGAGAAGCGUCUGUGGGCCCAUCACAUUAAGAGGCUCAUCCUUGAGAAUCACAACACCAUCUUACCACAGAAGGCAAGAGACGCCACUGUGGACAACUCUAACUUUUCUGGGAAGUACCAGUAUAGUCCGGAGAGGAUGAUGAAAGCAGAGUGCUGCCAGAGUGACAGCUUCCAUCUCGGAGGACGAAAUGGGAGGAGAAAAUCUGAACCAGCUAAACAAAUCAUAAAGAGCACAAACGCUGGUUUGAAGCAUGCAGACAGUGAAGGCACACUGCUGGGGGAUAGGAGCUCCAUGCAGCCCGCUACUAGUGUCAGCACACUGACCUGCACUCUAGGUGAGCCCCAGGGCGAGAGGCCGUGUUUGGAGGAUCUGAGGAGCUCUCUGGAGCAGCUAAAUGGAGCUGACAGUUACUCUUCACCCAGAGAGACAGAGGUGGGGCUGCAGCAGGACAAAGCAAUAGAGGAGGAGGAGGGGGAAAGUUGCAAGGAGGAUGUGCUGAUGGGAGACGACCAGGUAGCCGACUUUGCCAGCUCGGUGCUGGCAGCCAUCUCCUGCUGGCAUUAUAGAACCAGGGCUUUGCUUUCUACUCAUUUCACAACGGAUGAUCAGAAUGAGGAUACUGCUGAGCUACAAGCUGCGCUGAUAGAGGAGGCUGAAAACUGCAGAGGGGAGGAAAACAACAGGGAAAUGUCUGUGAAACAAACUCUCAGCGCUAAGGUUGAUGUGCAGGAGCUGUGUCACCUAGACCAUUUACCACAAGAAGAACCAAUCAACUACUUGGAGGUGAAUAACUCCCACUGUUUUGAGUCUACAAAGUCCUCCUCUGAGCCUGAAACUGAGACUCCAGAAUCUUUGGAUGCCUCCAGAGAAACUGGAGGAGAUGAAGAGGGAGAGAGCGACUCUUCUGGUCUUCAGAUGGAGGAGAUGAGUGUACUGAUGAACGGGGAGCUGUCAGAGGAGGAAGAGGAGAUGCUUUCAGAUAAUAAAAGCAUUUUGCCUUCCUCCAUGUUGGAUCGGGCUGGUGUGAUAACCGAUCACUUCAUCAGCAGUUUGUCUCAGCGGAGCGGUCUGGUUUCUGAGGUCCUGAGUUCACCACAUUUAGAUAAAGACUCCAUUCAAAGCCUCUCAGCCUAUGUAGACAUGGGGAAACAGACGCAGAAACCGUUGAAUAGCUCUUCACCAGAGCAACAGACCACGUCCAAGGCCGACCUGUCAGGUCCCAAGCCUGAUCUGACCGAAGGAGAACACAGGUCCACUCUCUCCAAAAAGGAUCGCCUCCUCAUUCAUAAAAUCAGACAAUACUACGACCAUGCCGAACAUCAAGAUGCUAACUUCAGCCUCAAGCGCAGGGAGAGUCUGUCUUACAUCCCUGCUGGCCUGGUGAGAAACCUGAGUCGACAGCUGAAUGAUAUUCCAAAGGAGAAGGUUGGUCCGGUCUACAGGAAAGGCCUCUCGAGAAACAGACCCACUUCUUGGUCCGUGUUUGACCUCCCUGAAAUAGAAAAGAGUAAAAAAAGUGAACCUCAAAGUUCAGUAGAUACCAAUUUUCGAUCUAAUAGCAUCACCGAAGCAUUUACUGCAGAAGAGUUUAGGUCCUCAUCAGAAAUGCUGAAGGUUUGGGAAUUGAUGGAAACUGAGGAGGAGAUCCAGGAGGUGAAGCAGGUUGCAAAAGAGAACGUUGACAGCCAAAUAGUGGAAAUCAGCUUAGACACUUCAGAGAUUAAAAGCAGUAAUCAACCACCAGUUAUAGUAGAAGAGCCUGAAACAAGCACUGCUACACAUACAUGCCAUGUGUCAUCACCUACCACCAGUUCUCCCACACCGGAGCGGGAUUCUGCUCAAGGCUUGAAACCCUGUAUGUCGCUGUCAUUUCAAGAGAACGACAACUUCCACCCCAGCCAUUUACCCAAGAGCAUUAGCUUCCAAACCACCAUAGAUGAAGAUCAGAUCCUGCAGGACAUGGGAAAGAUGAAAAACAAGGUGUUCCACCUGGCUCGCCAGUACAGCCAGCGCAUUAAAAAUAACAGGCCAACAGUGUGGCAGAGGAGUCGACAAACUUCAAACCUGGAAGAUGUAACUGUUGUUCACAAGGACAAGCUCCGAAAAAAAGGUAAACCUAACCUGAGGUUACCCAUUAAUUCUUGUGAUCAGGAAGUCAUCCAUGAGGUUUGUUCUCCAAGUCUGGACCAAACACCAGCUUCUCCAGCAGACUCACAGGGUACUGUAACCUCCCCACACAGCCCUCAGUCUGAAACCUUCCACUGGCCACACGUCCAUGAGCUGCGUUCAAAAUACACGGACAUCUCCCACUCUGUAAAAACUCACUGCAUCUGCACAGAACCAGAUGGCAUAAAGGCUAGCUGCACCUCUCAUAAGUACAGAAGCUCCUCAGAUCUCCAUAUAGCUUCAACAGACUGCUGUCAGAAGUGUCUUAAGGUAGAGGACUGGCCUCAGCAAAAGAAGCGCUCCCUGCUGUCCAGGUGGAGCUCCUUAGACCACAUGCUUGGGUCUGUCACUCUGCAUGAAGUACAGAACCUUCAGGAAUCUGCACGAACUUGUUCCCUGUGUGACAGAAUCCAAGAUGAGAACAGGCUCUUACAAGAUGUUCAUAACAGCAUAAAGCCACUGAGUUCUGGGAAGUCCUCAGAAAGUAACCUUGUGAAGAGUUUACGGGAGAAGUUCCAGAGCUUAAGCACAAGCUAAACUACAUGUGCACUGUGUACACUAAACAUAAAUCUGGAAGUUAUAUGAUGCUUUCAAUAUUUGUUCUGCAAAUUUCUUCCUCAAAAACUCUGUGCAUGAGGUUUCUUGUAUAGGGGACAAGGUGCAAUAAUCACGGCACCAGUUUUACAUAAAAGAGAUGGUAUGAGCAUGCCGUCUUUAAAACAAUAUGAUGCACAUUUUAACUGGAUUUGCCUGCACGUUACAGUUAUGUGUCUAUAUAUGGAUAUAUAUAGAUAUAUAUAUAUAUCUGUAUAUACAGUCCCCUGUAUCAAAAAAGUGAUAUUUCUUAUUACAAACUGUUGGCUGCUAUAGUCAUUAUUAUUAACUCUGCAAACUGUCAGCGGAGAGUUUCAGGUGGCAACGGCUAAGGGCGCUUGAUUGUCAGUAAAGUCUCUGUUCAGACACCAAAGAUGGUUACAUUUUAACCUUUGAUGCACAAGGACAGCAAAAAAUUCUUCCACAUUUCCUGAGCUGCUUGUAAAACAGUCGUGCACAUCACUGGAGGGUUUUUUUUUAUCAGCAAGUUGUAUAUUUUCAUGAAAAUUAUUUAUAUGUCUGUAUAUCGGGAUGGCGUUGACCAUGUGUAAAACCCAGACUCUCAGAAACACGUUUUUUGUUAUGCACAGUUGCCUGUAUUUUCAAUAAAAACAGAAAUGCUAA